CAAAAAGAAAUACACACGCACGUACUUUCUCGAGAUCACCUCCCCUCUGUUCACUUCACCGCACCAACCUAAAGGGGAAAAGAGUCCCGUUUACUGUGCUCGGCUUGUUUACAUUCUUCCCCAUCACAUUUACCAUAUUCUUCAGAAGUCAGUCGUCAGAAAGCAGGAAGGAUGUCAUUGUAUCCAUCCCUAGAGGACCUUAAAGUGGACAAGGUCAUUAGGGCACAGUCCCAGUUUGCCAAUGCCACCUCCAGCACCCCAGCCAUCACUCAGGGUGUUUACCAGCCACAGCCUGCCACACAGGGGAUGCCAAGCUCAGCUCUGUAUCCCAAUCUGGAGGAGCUGGGAGACUAUAUGGGCCUGAGUCUGAACAGCGAUGAGGUCCAGAGAAACCUGGCGCUGGUCCCGGUGGCUGACAAUCAAGUGGCAGUGCCAAGUUCUGUGGGUGGCAUGGUGCGGCCCGUGACCGGUGCAGACGUGGGCAUCAGGAGGGCAGAGAUUCGUCCAGGUCUUCGGGAGGUCAUCAUCUGCAAAGACCAGGAAGGAAAGGUCGGGCUUCGACUCCGAGAUAUUGAUAAUGGAGUGUUUGUCCAGCUGGUGCAGGCGAACUCUCCUGCGGCGUUGGGUGGCCUGCGUUUUGGAGAUCAGGUUCUGCAGAUCAAUGGGCAGAACGUUGCUGGCUGGAGCUCAGAUAAGGCCCACAAAGCUCUGAAGGCAGCAGCUGAACAGCGCAUCGAGCUCAUUGUCCGUGACAGACCAUUCCAGCGUACAGUCACAAUGCAUAAGGACAGCUCUGGCCAUGUGGGCUUCAUCUUCAAAUCUGGACGAAUCACAUCUCUAGUGAAGGAUGGUUCUGCUGCCCGCAAUGGUUUGCUCACCGAGCACUACAUCUGUGAGAUCAACGGCCAGAACGUCAUCGGACUCAAGGACACUCAGAUUAAAGACAUCCUCACCACAUCUCCCACUGCCAUGACCAUCACCAUCAUGCCUAAAUUUAUCUACGAACACAUGAUUAAGAAGAUGUCAAGCGGCCUGUUGAAGUCCUCCAUGGAUCACUCUGUGCCUGAGGUCUGAACACAGGAGACCACACACACACAGCCCCUUCCACAAUGCCUACAAUCUCUUGCCUUCCCAUUGGAGCCUUCCACAACAUGGGUCGUCUAUCACUGAUUGGAUAAACCUCCUCAAUCACAUUCAUUUAUAACAUGUAAAACUGCCUUUUUCUAUU